AUGACAGGAAAAUCCACCCCGGAGGCCCCCCCAUGUGGUCCAGAGGAGUCUGCCUCUGCGUCUGCCAAGGUGCCCACCGCAGAGCCCUCUGGAGGAGCGGCAGCAUCGGGGUCUACAGGGGAGGAGCAGGUGCCCACGCCUCAGGGGCCUGCCCCCCAGGUCCCUGCACCCCCCACAGCCCCCGCAGCCUCUAAACCUGCACCUUCCAACGCAGACCUCCCUGGUGCCCCCCUGCUGCUGGCCGUGGAGGAUGUGAGCGACAGCUCGGUGACUGUGAGCUGGGAGCCCCCCGAGACGCUAGGGAGGCUGGGGCUCCAGGGCUAUGUGCUGGAGCUCCGCCGAGAGGGAGAAUGGGUGCAGGGGGAUGGGGACAAGUUCAGGAAAGGAUGGACAGGGCCACUGCGGGCCACUUCGUCAUCCCCACUGAGCCCCCGUCAGGGCGGGGUGACCGGGAAGGCCGGUGACGUGCUCAGAGCCCACACCCCUUCCCAGGCUCUGUCUCAGCGGCCAGGGCCUCUCUCACUCACCUGCCUCUCUCCUGACCAGGAAAUGAAGGCUGAGUUUGCAAAGGAAGCCCAGGCGGGGGCAGAGCAGCUCCUGCUCAGUGCAGCGGUGUCUGCGGGGAAGGUUUUCAUUGACAGUGGCUAUGACAUCGCCCAGAUAUCCAGACACCUGGACUUCAUCAGCCUUUUGACCUAUGACUUUCACGGAGCCUGGCGCCAGACCACAGGGCAUCACAGCCCCCUGUUCCGAGGCCAGGAUCAUGGAAGUUCUGACAGAUUCAGCAAUACUGACUAUGCCGUGAGCUAUGUGUUGAGGCUUGGCGCCCCAGCCCAUAAGCUGGUGAUGGGCAUCCCCACUUUUGGGAGAAGCUUCACUCUGGCCUCUUCUAAUACGGGCAUGGGGGCCCCGACCUCUGGGCCAGGACUAGCAGGCCGGUUCACCAAGGAGGAAGGGAUCCUUGCGUACUAUGAGAUCUGUGACUUCCUCCGCGGAGCCGCCGUCCAUAGACUCCUUGGCCAAGAGGUCCCCUAUGCCACCAAGGGCAACCAGUGGGUGGGGUAUGAUGACAAGGAGAGCAUCAAAAGCAAGGUGCAGUACCUGAGAAGCAGGCAGCUGGCCGGUGCCAUGGUGUGGGCCCUGGACUUGGAUGACUUCCGGGGUACCUUCUGCGGCCAGAAUCUGCGCUUCCCUCUCACUGGGGCCAUCAAGGAUGCACUCGCUGCGGCUUAGCCCUCUGUCCUGACACCGUGUGGCAGAGAUGCCCCUCACCCCUUGGCUCCAGCUGGCCAGGAGCCUGAUCACCCACCCUACUGAGACCCCUGGAGAGCCUCAGUCCCCUCACUGGGAGCCCGAGCUGGGGGCCUGUGCUCUGAGCUCAGCACUGGUGGCCAGGUGGGUAGGGUGGGCCUGGGGGCAGUUAGGGCCUGGUGACCAGCACAAUGAAAAACAAGGUUGGCACAUACCUGUUGGUUCAUGAAAAUACUCAACAACCCCAGGCCCCACACGUGGGGAUUUCUUCAAACCUUUUAAGGCCCGGCCUCCUGGCCAAAGGCCACCCUUCUGCCAAGUACUCAAAUAUCUUACAGGAAACAGCAGCCACACUAAUUGUGCCCUUUGCAAAGCCCAACUUGAAACCACCCCCCUGGGGCCUCAUCAUGUCUCCCAUCCUGCUUCCCUUUCCUAAAUCCCCAGCUGCUCAAUAAAGCACCCGAGCUUAA